AUGGAGAUGCGCAAUCGAACAGACCAGAUUCUGUAUGGGCCUGUAGAACCGAGAGGAAAUUUGUUCGGAGAUAGGCAGUUAGAAAAGAUUCGCGAAGUUGUGAAGGCGCAGGAACGUACCAUUGCUGCCCUAAAAAGCUCACCCCGUAUGUUGCAAUUUGAAAGACAAAAGAACGAGGAAGAUGCGAUCAAGCAGGAUCUCGCAGACAUUGAAUGUGAAACCGCAAAAGUUCGUCAAAUCUAUGAUGAGGAGGAGGGGAAGAUCUGCAGCAUCUUGGUGAAGAUUGGUAUCAAUAUCGGAGAGGAGAUGUUGCGAAUGAACGAACUGAGUAACAGUAAUGUGGAUCAUAAUCGGCAUCCCGAAGAACAGGGUUUGCAGCAAAUUCACAUCGGAGUAUUAGAGCCGACCAUCGUAGAGUCGUCCCCUUCAGUUGACGAUUAUGAACAGCUAUCGGAAGACGGCGAAGAUGUUUCACUCGCGUUGCUAAGCGAUACGAGCCAAUUUUCUUUUGGGUUCUCUGUGCAGCCAUUUUCACAGACCGUCAUCAUUUCAUACCAUAGCAACAAGAACAAAGCAUUUAGUACACACUGGUCCAAGCAACGUAUUGAAUUCGAAUGGUUCAUCAUUGAGAUGCGGCAUCCGAAGAUGGGAGACCGCGUUACCAGCACUGUUAACGAUUUGUGGGCCUUUUAUAAGGCUACAAAUAGUAAUGGUCCUGCCCAAGAAGAAAUCGAUCGAAAUAGCGAAUUACAGAAGAAAAUUAAACAAAAAAGCGAAUUCCUGGACUCUUUGAAACGCGUAGUUUCGGGUUUGAACAGCUUUCUACUUGGCGUACAGUCGGAACAAAAUGCGGCAGUUUGUACGAAAGGGCUCUUCAAAGAGAGCCAUGCUUUUGUCAAUGAGCUGGUUGAUAGAUACAAAGAAAAUUUCAGGAUGGAGAUGCGCAAUCGAACAGACCAGAUUCUGUAUGGGCCUGUAGAACCGAGAGGAAAUUUGUUCGGAGAUAGGCAGUUAGAAAAGAUUCGCGAAGUUGUGAAGGCGCAGGAACGUACCAUUGCUGCCCUAAAAAGCUCACCCCGUAUGUUGCAAUUUGAAAGACAAAAGAACGAGGAAGAUGCGAUCAAGCAGGAUCUCGCAGACAUUGAAUGUGAAACCGCAAAAGUUCGUCAAAUCUAUGAUGAGGAGGAGGGGAAGAUCUGCAGCAUCUUGGUGAAGAUUGGUAUCAAUAUCGGAGAGGAGAUGUUGCGAAUGAACGAACUGAGUAACAGUAAUGUGGAUCAUAAUCGGCAUCCCGAAGAACAGGGUUUGCAGCAAAUUCACAUCGGAGUAUUAGAGCCGACCAUCGUAGAGUCGUCCCCUUCAGUUGACGAUUAUGAACAGCUAUCGGAAGACGGCGAAGAUGUUUCACUCGCGUUGCUAAGCGAUACGAGCCAAUUUUCUUUUGGGUUUGACUUUAAAAUCUCCAGCACUUUACCCAAAUUGCGCCAGAUUAUGAAGCCUAUUUGCACCUACAAAACCAUCUUCAACAAACAAGAGAACUUGUUGUUAAAGGGAAACCAAAAAGAAUAUAAACCAGACAACGGACAAAAGCGAAAUGCUCAAUCGGACAAAGGUCCGCCAUUCAAGAGAGUCUCCCAAAUGGCUACAAACGAACUACAAAUGAAUCAACCGGCUUCUAAACCAGAAUCGAAUGUUUUGACGGAGAUCCACGAUAAUCUUAACAAAUCUAAUACGACACACACAAAAUCAGUUACUCUGGUUAAACCCAAAACCACAAACGAAAAGAAGGACCCAAGUGAAGGAAAAGAAUCAACUACGAAGAUUGAGCUACAGGAGGCAAAAGCAGACGCGAAGACACGAUCAGCGCUCAAACGCAAAUCGCCGACUUCUGACACCUUGGGUUUUAGCAAUACAAAGCCAAAUUAUGCUAGUUUUGCUGCAGUCAAUACCGAUUCUAAUCCAUUCUUAAAACCGAAAUCCCCCACGCACCAGAAGAAACCACAAUUGCAACCACAGAAACUUGUGAAAACUUUAGCGCAGAACAAAGACCAUUCAAAAACUAAGAUUUCGAAAGCAACAUCAGGGUGUCAGGCUCGAGAUGCGAAAGAGGUGGAUCUUCCUGAUCAGUUUUGUAGCCUGCCUGAAAGUAAGGAAAAUGCAACGAAAAUUACUGAUCAAAAUCAAGCUUCGAGUCCCACUUCACUGGGGUCGCCAACAUCUCAGCAAUACAACGGUCGUGCGGUUGACGAAGCACCUGGUAGCGGCCCGGAGUCGUCGAGUAAUGGAUCUUUGGAUAUUUUGCUUCAAUACUCAAACGGAGAAUUUGAUGUGAAUAUAUCGGAGGAGAACCUCGCACCGAUGAGCGGUGACCUUGAUUUUCUAAAUGACAAAUUUUCGCGGGAUGAACAGAACCGUCCAGGAGGCUCGGGCAACGGAAAUAAAUCAACAGGCGCUAGUUUCGGUUUUGAUUUCGACGAGCCAUUGUCGAUGGAUCAAGAUAAAGAUAUUUUCUAA